AUGGUGUCGAUGCUUUGUGCCACAACAAUCUUUUGGCUAGGAGUUUCCUUUGCUCGCGUCGAAAAUAUCGAUAGUCUACGCGGGGAUGCUACCCUCUUUGACGAGUUUAACGCACACUUUGCCCACUUCUACAGGUCCGCUGAGGAGUAUGAGACGGCGCUGGAGCACUUUCGCAAGAAUCUGGCUCUUCUUGGGGCUGGCCACGCGCAGAACCUCAGUCACCUCCGCAACAUUCUCGAGCGCACAGAGGGGUCAGUUAAAUACGGCCUCAACCCCACUCUUAACCGCGAUAUCAGCCAGAAUGGGUACGUGCCGAUUGAUCCUGCUGACAUGAUUGAUCUAAGCACCCCCUGGCGCCGGUUCUCCUUCUCGGUCAAGCGGCUCUUGCUCAAACUUAGUCGCUCUACUUCUGCGAACUCUCAGAGGAGUAACUAUGAUUGCAAGACAUUUGCCUUCUCUCGCAAGAAUCCCCUGACUACACUGUCUUCUCUCCCCCCAUCUGUCGACUUGCGAGAACUCGGCUUGAUCGAUCUAGCUAGAGAUCAGGGUUCUUGUGGCUGCUGCUGGGCAAUGGCUUCUGCUGCGUUCUAUGAAAUAUCGGUCCGACUGACCAGAAAUUACUUUCAGUCAGACUCCACCAUUGACGAUGCCUUCAAGGACCCUCACUUCAAGGCUUCAGAGCAGUACAUCAUGAACAGGUCAUAUCCAGCCAAUCAUUAUUGCGAAGGUGGUAAUUAUCUAAGAGUUUCUCGUGACUAUGCUAACCAACAAGGGUUAGAUACGCUUGAGUCGUUGACCAACUUUCCCUUAACCGCCGUUAAUUUAUCCGCUAAUCCUUCUAGCAUAGAGAACAGCACAUCAAUGAAGGUUAAAAAAGCGUUUCUUCCUGGUAACAUAGUACCUGCGGCUAAUUGUCAGACAGCUCUUAUUCGUGUUUAUGACAAAUAUCUCGAGAAGAAUAGCUUUAAGAACGCCGUUAAGGUUGCAAAGUCUCUCCUUGCACGCGGAAUCCCCAUUGUCAUUACUGUGAACACUAUUUCUAAUGGAAAAGAAGAAACUGAAGCGAUUCUACAUACUUACAAGUCAGGCAUUCUUGAUGUUCCUUGCAAAAAUACGACUAUAGAUCAUCAAGUAACGAUAGUAGGGUACGGAAAACGGAACGGAAUUGACGUCUGGAUCGUUCGCAACUCCUGGGGCGAUGACUGGGGCAGCAAAGGCCACUUCUACGCUCCAAUCGGGAAGAACUCACUGUGCACCGAACAGGAACUGUACUCAGAAAUACCAAAGUAUUUCCCCUUAAAAGGAAAAGACGCGAAUCAAUUGUAUGCCAAUAGAGCACCCACACUUGAAGACAACGUCUGGACUGACAUUCUUCAGCGAGGGAAUGAGCAUGCUUUGGAUGUUGACCCCCCUCAGACAUCUAGCUUCCUCAGGAGCAAUGGUAUCAUAGUUGUAUUUGUACUUAUUCCGAUUCUGGUUGCAGUGAUUGCUUUGGUGUCCUACAUAUUUUGCUGUGGGAAAAAGAAGGACCGCUCACGGAAAAGUGAAAAUACGUCACUGCAUCCAUAA